AUGUCGUCUCGUAAAACAGAGGAUGAACAUAAGAUGAUCCUCGAUAAAUUACUUUCAGAUUCUGGUAUAGUGUGCGUGAGAUCAGCGCCAGAAUCUUUAGAAACAACGUCUGAUUCUGGGGCGGAUGAAGAAGUUCAAACAAUACAAGAAGAAGAGGACAAAAUAGAAGAAUCAGUCGAAGAAGAAAUGGAAGAGUUACUAGUCGAGGAACUCCAAGAAGAAGAAUCAGCGAUAUUUCCAACGCCAUCGUUAAGAAGAGUAUUGCCUGAUAGAGUAAGAGAAAUUGAGGAGUAUAACAGAAUUCACGUACUACCUAAGGAGUUCAAAAGCGAUGUAGAUCCUACAGCAAUACCUAGAAUACAAGCUACUUCACAGCAGAAAUGUAUAGAUAUUUUGGGAGAGAUAACAGGUUGCACGGAAUAUAGGAGGAGUUUAGCUGAGUUUUGGUUUUUAGAUACAUUAGCCAAUCUCCUGAGACGAGCUCAAAACGAUGAAAUGGAUAGAUCAUCUCAAGCGGUGUUGAUACUUUGGUUUUGCGAGUGGAUGAAAGAAAUGCAACAUUUCGACGCAGCUGAUCGUCAGCGUAUGUUGAAACGUUUUCAAGACAAUAUGCUGUCAGCUGCAAGAUUUGUAGCAGAGGAAGAACAUCUUCCAACACCACAGGAGGUUGGAGUGUUUUACAAGGCGGUGGAUGAAGGAAAGUCCGUUUCUAAAAUGACGCCCGAGUCAAAGCACUUGGUUACCUUCGAAGGCGCAGAAUAUGAAUGCUCCUUGAAAGACUUGACAAACAUCAUACAUUAUAUAUUUGAUUUGUUCAGUACUGACUACCAGUACAAUCUCGUUCGAUCUGUUUUCACGUUUAGCCCUGAAUAUAAAUUAAUCGACGCUCCAUUUCAAAUGCGUAACCCUAAACGAUUGUUUGCACCUCUGAAGUCUAAGCCGAAAAAAGAAAAGUCUCCCAAAAAGGAGAAACCUUCGGCUAAAGGAAAGAAAAAGGACAUCGAUACAGAAGAGUACUUAGCUCUUUUAGAGCUUCGCGCCAAAGAUGAACGUGAGCAAGAGGAACAAGAAGACAAAGACCGUGAGAUUUGGCAUCGUCGCAACCACAUCUUACCUCUAUCCUUCGCUGCUGAUGAAGAAUUCUUCAACAAGUACUGGCCUCCACCUCCGCCAGAAGUACUGCCAGAACCUGAGCCAGAAGUUAAGGGCAAAGGGAAGGGAAAGGGAAAGAAAUAA